AUGUUGUACCAAUGGAGCCUAUUGCCUAUUACUGACUCCGGCAACCUGAACAUCCUCAUCCUCCUCGACCUCACCGCAGCAUUCGACACCAUCAACCACACCAUCCUGCUGUCCCUCCUUGAAUCAUCACUCAACAUCACUGACACUGCACUCUCCUGGCUGAAAUCCUACCUCACCGACAGACAUCAGUUUAUCAACAUCAACAACUGCACCUCCUCCACUGCUCCUCUGUCCCAAGGCGUCCCCCAGGGUUCGUUCGACAGUCAGCUCAAAUUCAACCACCACAUAAAUCACAUCACCAGGACCGCCUUUUUCCACCUCAAAAACAUUGCCCGUCUCCGCCCAUCACUCUCCUCCUCUGCUGCUGAAAUCCUGAUUCAUGCAUUCAUCACUUCACGACUCGACUACUGCAAUAGCAUCCUCUAUGGCAUACCAUCCAACCUCCUCAAUAAACUCCAACAUAUCCAGAACUCUGCUGCCCGCCUCCUCACCCACACCCGCUCCCGAGACCACAUCACUCCCAUCCUUCAGAAUCUCCACUGGCUCCCCGUCCGUCAAAGAAUCCACUUCAAAGUCCUCCUCAUUACUUACAAAGCCCUCAACAACCAGGCCCCCCCCUACCUCACAGACCUGCUGCACCACCACACCCCUUCCCGCUGCCUCCGCUCAUCAGAAGCCAACCUCCUAUCCAUCCCCACCCGCACCAAUCACCGGACCUGGGGGGACAGAGCCUUCUCCGUCGCUGCCCCCUCCCUCUGGAACUCACUCCCACAACCCAUCCGAGACUGCACCGACCUCACCACC